CUGCUCGGUUAUCUCCUCCCUCUAAUGCUGAGAUAUGAAGUAGCCUUAACUGGUGUCACAAUCACCAGCCAACAAACCUCAGCUACUCAUGGAGAGAGAGAGAGAGGCGCCUAUAGGUUUCCUACAGUUCUUCCUUUUGACAGCAGAAGAUAAUAUAGUUGGAUAGAGAUAUUAUUCAGCAGCAUUACGCAAGGUAAUCAUGCAGUACCAACACAGUGUGCCUUCGGCCAUGGGUGUUCCUCUUUACGCGCCGACCCCUAUCCAGCCCGUCCACCCAACUCCUUUCUACAUAGAAGACAUCCUGGGGAGAAAUGAGACCCCGGCCCAGUCUUCAGCGGUGGUCCCCACGCCAACUCUACCGUCUCCGAACUCAUCCUUCACCAGUUUGGUCUCUCCGUACCGGACCCCCAUCUAUGAACCGACACCGAUCCACCCUGCGUUCUCUCACCACGCUGCGCUGACAGCCUCAUAUGCCUCGGGGGCAAAUUCACUGUAUCCAUUCUACCGCUCUAUGGGGGACUAUACCCAUGCCCUGAUCAGGCACGAUCCGCUUGAUUUCCAUCCUAAAGGGGUAGUAUAUUUUAGAGGUAAACAACUUUUAUGGAGCCCAUUCAUUCAGCGUCCACUGCACAAGAGAAAAGGUGGACAAGUCCGAUUCUCCAACGACCAGACAAUCGAGUUGGAAAAGAAGUUUGAGACCCAGAAAUACCUUUCACCCCCAGAACGAAAACGACUGGCUAAAAUGUUACAACUGAGUGAACGACAGGUGAAGACAUGGUUCCAAAAUCGAAGAGCCAAGUGGAGGCGACUGAAGCAGGAGAACCCUACCGGCAGUAAGAGAGAUCUGGAGGACGAGAGCACCGGGAGAAACUGCGAGGAGGGACCGGAGUCAGGCGUGAGCCUCAGCCCAGGCCGGGACCAGAGAUGUCGGCCUACAGAAAUGACCCAUCGGUUGCAGUGUUCCACGUCGCCUCUAUCACAAGGAGAAAUAGAGUCAGACAUUUCAGAUGAUACAGACCAAGAGCUGGACAUAGAGGACGACAUGGGGUUUCCACUGAAUCCACCGAUAUGAGAACAUCAGAUCACAGUUUACAGGUCAAUCUAGAUGUUAUCCCACUGGGUGACUGACGGCCGGGAAGAGGACCAAUAGCCCGACUCCAAACAUUGUUGUAGCAUCUUUCUGGGACAUAGAUUUGUUUUGUAUGUAAUUACCUGUAUAUUUUGUGAUGUUGUUUUGAUGUCAUUAUGAGUUAAAAAUAAAUAUUAAUUUAGCAUUAAAUUAGCAUAAUACAAUUAGCGGAAA